AUGGAGCAGAAAGAAGGGAAGCUCUCAGAGGAUGGGGCCACUGUCUCCCCAGCUGCAGAGGACCCCGGGACAUCAGGAGGCGGAGCCUCUGCAGAGGAGGAGACCACAGGCACAGCCAGCAAGACCAGCAGAGAGGGGUUUCCAGAUGGGGCAGGAAAGCCGGAAGAAGCACCAGCCAAGGAUGGCACUUCCACGGAAUUCCAAGGGGAAGCAAAUGGGUUAGAUGAGGUCCAGGUGGAAUCCCAAAGGGAGGCUGGUGGGAAAGAGGAAGCUAAGGCUGAACUUAAAAAGGAGGGUGGUGAGAAGAAAGACACCACAGUAGCUUCCCCGGAGAUGACUGACAGGAAAGAAGAGGCCAAAUCUGAACCCAAGGAGGCCAAGGAAAAAGAGGAGACCACACUGGCCUUGGAGAAGCAGAAGGCUGCUAAGAAAGAGGCCAAGCCUGAGUCUAGGGAGGGAGCCGACGUGAGUGACACAGACAAGCCUGUACCCAAGGAUGCUGUUGGGGAGGAGCAGGCCAUGACGGCCUCUCAGGAGGAGAGAGACCAGACGGAGGAGCCCAUGGCUGCACCCCAGGAAGCUGCUGACAAAGAGGCCAAGAGUGAAUCUCAGAAGAAGCCUGUUGUGAAAGAUGAGGCUAAGGCCGAACCUCAGGAGGCUGAGGGGACGGGGGAGGCUGAAAGCCAUGCGGAGGAAGAGGCUGAAAGCCAUGAGAAGGCGGAGGCUGAAAGCCAUGCAAAGGAGGAGGCUGAAAGCCAUGAGCCAGGCGGUCCCAGUGAAGAGCAGGAGCAGGACGCAGAGAAAGAGACAGAGGGAGGGGCAGGGGUGAUUCCCAGCUCCCCCGAUGAGUGGCCUGAGAGCCCCACAGAGGAGGGCGAUAGCCUCAGCCCAGAUGGGUUGGGUCCAGACUCUGCAGCCUCUGGAGAGACCAGUCCUCCAGCCAGUGAGUCUUCACCCAGUGAUGUGCCCCAGAGUCCCCCGGAGCCCCCUCCAUCAGGGGAGAAGAAGAAGGAGAGGGCACCAGAGCGCAGGGUGUCAGCCCCUGCCCGGCCCCGGGGUCCCCGUGCGCAGAACCGGAAAGCCAUCGUGGACAAGUUUGGCGGGGCUGCCUCGGGCCCCACGGCGCUGUUCCGGAACACGAGGGCAGCCGGGACAGCCAUCGGCGGGGUCAAGAACAUGCUCUUGGAGUGGUGCCGGGCCAUGACCAGGAACUAUGAGCACGUGGACAUCCAGAACUUCUCCUCCAGCUGGGCCAGCGGCAUGGCCUUCUGCGCCCUCAUCCACAAGUUCUUCCCUGACGCCUUUGACUACGCUGAGCUGGACCCCACGAAGCGCCGGCACAACUUCACCCUGGCCUUUUCCACCGCAGAGAAACUGGCUGACUGUGCCCAGCUGCUGGAGGUGGAUGACAUGGUACGGCUGGCAGUGCCCGACUCCAAGUGCGUCUACACCUACAUCCAGGAGCUGUACCGCAGCCUCGUGCAGAAGGGACUGGUGAAGACCAAGAAGAAAUGA